AUGAGCGUGAGCGCGGCGCGCUUUUUCCAAGUCGAGGGCGUGGUGCUGCGCUUCAUCGGCAUGUGGCCCAUCAGUGAGCGCCACAUGAACGCACGGGCGAUCACGCACACCGCCAUCAAUCUGAUUAUCCUGGUCGCGGCCACAGUGGCGGAAAUUGCAUUUGGCAUCGUUAAUAUUGAUGACCUGCCGCUGGUGUGCGACAGCUUCUGUCCGUCCAGCACAAAAAUGGUCACAGCCAUGAAAGUUUUACUGCUCACGGCCCGCCGGCGCAGAGUACACAAGGUCCUGCAGACACUUCGACACCUCUAUCUCGCCGAAACCGACGCCGAGAACAUCGCCAUAAACGCAAGACUUUCGCACUUCAGCCGCACCAUAACGCUGAUCCUGGCCACGCUCACCAGCGCCACGUGCUGCUCCUACGUGUUCAUCCCCAUCGGCAAGUAUCUCUGGGCCAAGCACACCGGCGGAGAGACGCUCCGGGAGCUGCCCUUCAAGUCCGUGUUUCCCUAUGACGCCAGCCAGAGUCCUGUGUACGAAAUAACCUACAUAAUACUCUCGUACUCCGGCUACAUCACGGCCGCCGGCAUCAUUGGCAUGGAUGGACUCUUUGUCGGGCUGUGCCUCCACAUUUCGGGGCAGUUUCAGAUCAUCCAGACGAAUAUUAACACUCUCGUUGAUCGUGAGAUUGGUGUGUUAAAUUGCCUCAAUUUCUUGUACUCACCCCCAGCCGCCGGCCAGAUUGGCCAGGCAGAAUUAGGUUGUUCUUGUGCUCGAAUGUAUCGCUUCACUCUCACCCUUGCAUUUGCAGCUCCUCUGCUGACCAAGCGUCCCUCGCAGGACGAUUCUGCGUUCACGGAGGAGCAGAGCCGACACAUCUAUCACCGCCUGAGCGCCUUUGUGCGCCGCCAGGACGACACAAUCAAGCUGUGCGAGGAAAUGGUGAAGAUCUUUCAGCCGAACAUCCUCAUGCACUUCCUCUCCGCCGCCUUCGUCAUCUGCUUCAGCUCUGUCAACUUAAUCCUGUCGUCCGGCUUAGCAAUAUUCCUCUAUGUCAACUACAUCGGAGCGGCCACAACACAGCUCUUUGUGUACUCCAUUGGCGGAAGCUAUAUAUCAACUUCUAGCGGCGAGAUCUGCAACUCAGCAUACUUCUUCGAGUGGUACAAAUCCAAUAAGGACGUCCGUCGUCUGCUGCUAAUGCUAAUGACGAGGGCGCAGCGGGAGAGCGGAGUGUUCGUGCCAUUCUUCCAGGCGAGCCUGGAAACAUUCGCGACGAUCCUACGAACCGCCGGCUCCUACAUCGCCCUCCUCAAGACGUUCCUCUAG